UGUGGGUGGGACAAAAACAAAACGCGGUUUUUGUUCCCCUGCUCUCUGACUCUGUCUCUGUCUCUCCUUCAUCAAUUUCACCAACGAAUCAUUCAUUGUUCAUUCUUCCGUGAGAUGGGUUGUUUCGCCAGCAAAAACGCUGACACCAAGGCUACUAGGACCGCGCGUUGGCGAUCCACGGGCAUUGUUGCUUUGCGCGAUUCAAAAUUGAAGACAUUUCCGGACGAAGUUCUUGAGUUAGACAGAUCUGUUCGAACGCUUGACUUGACCCAUAAUCGAAUAGUUGACAUUCCCGUGGAAAUCAGCAAAUUAAUUAAUGUACAGCGCCUGGUAUUAGCGGAGAACCUCAUUGAGAGAUUGCCAGUGAAUUUGGGGAAACUCCAAUCUCUGAAACUGAUGAACUUGGAUGGAAAUCGAAUUACUUCCUUGCCUGAUGAAUUGGGCCAGUUAGUAAGGCUUGAACGCUUAUCCAUCUCCGGCAAUUUAUUAACAUCCUUGCCCGCAACUAUUGGAAGUUUGAGAAAUCUGGUGCUUUUAAAUGUGUCAAAUAACAAGUUACAGUCUCUCCCAGAAUCUGUUGGAAGUUGCUUCUCUUUGGAAGAAUUACAAGCUAAUGAUAACGUUAUUGAAGAUCUUCCCUCUUCGGUGUGCAAUCUAUCUCACUUGAAGUCACUUUGCUUGGACAACAACAAUGUGAAGCAGAUACCUCUGAAUUUAUUGAAAGAGUGCAAAGCUCUUCAGAGCAUAUCACUGCAUGGUAAUCCUAUAUCAAUGGAUCAAUUUCAGCAGAUGGAGGGGUUUCAAGAGUUUGAAGCAAGGAGGAAAAAGAAGUUUGACAAGCAAAUCGAAUCAAACGUGAUGAUCGGUUCCAAAGGUCUUGAUGAGGGUGUUGAUCUAUGAAAUGGUGUCAGGCUUGUUGGUUUGAGACCACUUGCAACAACAGGGGUUUUUCGAAUGUACAUUUGGAUGAGCUUUUGGAUAUAUAGCAUGUAAUACAAGGUGUUUUAUCCAUGACUUCUAUUUCACAUAUGAAUUAAAGUGUGGAGAUCCCUGUGUCACACUGUAUAUGAUUAUUGGCUUUAUCUCGUAUCCAAAUUUGCCUACAAAUAUGCUGGCUUGUAGAUGCAGGCAUUAUCCAGCAAUCGACUAAAAAAUUUCCGUAUAUGGGAUUUGAAGCCCUUUUGUUGAUAAUGAAAUAUUUAUCUCAGCAGCUGUAAAUUAAGACCUUUGAAUAUAAUUGGAAAGGAACUGCAUUCUUUCUCCCCUUAA